AUGCUCGUUCAGAACCUUGCUGUAUGUGAUAGCAAAGGAUGUGCCAGUUUCAUUAGCAUGAGAGGAACAUCUGGUCAUGUCAGUAUUACCCCGAAUCAUGGAGAACAUGCAUUGAUGCGUUGUGGUUUCAACUAA